AAUCUUAUAACAAAUGAAGCUAAUAGCGUUACAGUUUCAGCUUCUGCAGUCUUCAGCUGAAGCUUUCUAGUACCGUUUCUAUGUACAUCUUUGCAGAAGGAAUCAAUCAUUUGGUGUCUUUGGCAACGGAUGUGUCAAAAGCUCAAACUGAAUUUCAAAUUUUAUAACGUCUCCUCUGUACAAUUUACUUUGGGAAACGCUCUUGACAGUCAAAAUACAAUAAACACGAACAUGAGCCAACAAAUAUCACCACUUCCCAAUAUAUCUACAGACUAUAAGCCGAAAAGUCCAGUCAAAUGUAUCCACGAGCAACAGGAUAUUGACGUUUUCCUUAAAACAAAGGCAUUUGAUCGGAUUAUGACGUUUGUCUUAUUGCUCAAUGAAACUGCAAUGAAGAAAAAGAUCUCGGAGCCUUGCCACAUUUCAGCUCAAACACAACAAAUAUUGGAUAUGCUGGAAACUUUGGAUUCCUGGAUCGAUGAGUUUCCACCUUUGGAUAAUCCACAACGAUUUGGGAAUAAAGCGUUUCGAUCUUGGGCACACAAACUAUCAGAGUCAUCCAAAGAAUUGUUGAAGACAAUUUUGCCAGCAAAACUUCAUAUUGCUAUACCUGAAUUGUCAGAGUAUCUUAACGAAGGUUUUGGAAACGAGACAAGAAUCGACUAUGGAUCAGGACAUGAAUUGAGUUUUGUAGCAUGGUUAUGUGGUAUUGCCUUAGUCGGAGGAUUUACUCCAGAAGAUUAUCAAGCCAUUGUUUUCAGAAUAUUUGUUAGAUAUUUGGAAUUAGUACGUAGACUUCAGAAAACUUAUAAAUUAGAACCAGCAGGAAGUCAUGGUGUUUGGGGCUUAGAUGAUCACCAGUUUUUACCUUAUUUAUGGGGUAGUGCACAGUUGAUAGAUCAUCCGCAACUGUCACCAAGAUCUAUAUUGCAGCAAAAAACAGUCUAUGACGUGGCAGAUGAGUAUAUGUAUUUUGGAUGUAUAAAAUACAUCUUGGAAGUGAAAAGAGGACCCUUCUUUGAGCAUUCGCCCAUGUUGACCGAUAUUUCGUCUGUACCCUACUGGAGCAAAGUAAAUUCUGGAAUGAUCAAGAUGUUUAUUGCAGAGGUUCUGAAGAAAGUACCUGUAGUCCAACACUUCAAGUUUGGAGAGCUAUUUCCAUUUGCUUGAACAGCAGGUGUCCAAAUUGUUGAAACCGUCAAAUAAAAAUAAGAAUCCCAGCGGGGAACAGAACAUGAUUUGGCAUUUUUUCUCCAGUUUUUUUAAACUUUUUUAUUCUUUUUUUUUUUUUUUGUAUUUUCUUCCUUUGUAUAAGAAA